AUGGCCCGGUACUCUUUCUUCUCCUACUUCCUACUUUUUUUCCUCAUCGGAAUCUACACCACCCAAGCCUUGAGCGUCGGCAACGAAGGAGGUCUUGAAAAAAGGCAAUCUUGCCCGUACGAUCAGAAAUGUGGAUACAUGUGCUGCAAGCCCGACGAGAAGUGCGAAAACAACAAAUGCGUUCCCAAGCCACCAAAGUGCGAUACCUACGGUGGAGAGACUGUCUGUGGCAAGUUCUGUUGCAAGAAAGACGAGAAGUGCGAAGACAAAAAAUGCGUUCCCAAGAAACACUGCGACCACGGCCAAACAAUCUGCGGAAAGGAUUGCUGCAAGCCCGACGAGAAGUGCGAAGACAACAAAUGCGUUCCCAAGAAACACUGCGACUACGGCCAAACAAUCUGCGGAAAGGAUUGUUGCAAGAAAGACGAGGAGUGUAAAGACUACAAAUGUGUUCCCAAGAAACACUGCGACUACGGCCAAACAAUCUGCGGAAAGGAUUGCUGCAAGAGUGACGAGACAUGCGACUACGGCGUGUGCAAGAAGAAGUGUCCCUAUGGGCAGGUUAUCUGCAACGGAAAGUGCUGCGCUGGAAAAUGCGAGUAUAAUGUCUGCAAGACCUAG